CAUCCUGGGCCAGCUAAAAUAAAUGCCUUGAGGAAAUCGAUCGCGGCUGUUGUUGCUUCGAUUUCUCCCAACUACAUGAAGUAUGUAGCUGUAGUGAAGCAGCAAAAUUACCAGAAGAUUAAGGAGACAAAUACCGCUCGUGAGGACAUAGAGGAUAUGGAGGGAAUAUUCGAGCAGCUUUUGCAGUACCAUCGUUGUCAACUCCUGAUGUCAGGUAUUACAGAAUCCAUUUCUGCUAAUGCACAUUCAAAUAGUCUUAUUUCAUGA